AUGUCGCCCACCGCAGACAUGUCAAAUCAGGAAGGACACGGCCGGAAUCUGCAACCACAAGCUCAAGGGCCCCCGCUUAAGAGAGAAGAGUCAUCCCACUUCAAUGUUUUAAAACCGACCUUUCUGACUAUAGAGCCUCCAGGUUUGGAGAGAAAACGCCAUCUGCCCAAGUCACGGAAUGGUUGUAUCACUUGCAGGAUUCGGAGGAAGAAAUGCAACGAAGUACGGCCCAUUUGCGCUGAUUGUAUGCGGUUUGGCAAGGAUUGUGUGUGGGUCGAAAGACAUAUGACCCCAGAUGAAAUCAAGGCGCUUCGAGAACGUGUGGAGGAGCAAGAGAUCCAAACUAAGAUGCGAAAACGUAGAAAAAUUGAUUUAUCGAAGGUACCGAAAGAUGAUGCCAAAUCGAAGACGGAUCACAAGAGUGAACUGAAUGGAAAGGAAUCGAAAGGAGAGAAGCGUGAGAAGACCGCAACGAAGAGUUCGGGCGGUUGGAGAAAACCAGAAAUCUUUAAUACUACCGGAGUACCGAUUGGAUCUGCAGUUUCAGGAAUUGGAAACCGACUAUUUCCUGUAAUUAGAGAGAGCACCCACGACAGUUUCUCCUCUGAGCCUCUGUCGGAAGUUGUGACUCCACCAUUUGGUUCUAUUGGCAAGGUUGAGCCAACAAUUGCCCACCACAACUCAGAAAAGCAUUCCGGUGAAGAGAGUAUCGGUCCUUCCACAGACUAUAUUGCAGCCCUCAAACAGGCGUAUGUGAGUACGGCUUCACUACCUAAGAUGCCAGACUCCAAGCUUGAUAUGGACUUGAUACCUCAUAACGGUGUACAGGUGGAACUCUAUGGAUGCACAAACACCAACUACAACAAGGCACCCAAAUACUCACCGACUCUUAACCGUUCAGAGACACUAGCCCCAUUCACCGUGCCUAUUUCGCUUCCAGCCCUUCGCGAUCAACCUGAUCUGCCAGCGGUUUUCGGUCAGGAUGCCCUUUCUCCACCUCUGAACAUACUUUCUCCCCCUCCCUUGGACGUAGAGUAUUACAAGGAAAACGAGGAUUUGAAUCCGGGAUCGCCUGCUGCACUCUUGAAUUUUUUCAAGGAGCUUUCACUGUUUAAUGCUGGUGCUCUGCCGUCCAAAAUUGCACUCAUCGAAGAGAGCCACGAACACAUCGAAAACGUCAAGCAAGAACAGGAUGUUGUUGGGACAACAACUCAUUUACCCAACUUAAGACUAUCGCCCAACUUCAACAUUCUGGAGUUCAUGGAAUUUGUUCUGAACCAUGGAUCCCCUGAACAGCUCAGUCACUUGGCUUCGAGCUUCAAUAAUGCAUUUGGCUCAUCUCCACAGCCAUCACUAUCUGUUUUACCGGGCUUGGAUAAUUCCGGCAAUUAUUUGUACAACUAUUACGUUGAUACACUCUCCCGCAAGGUGUCUAUUGCACCACACAGUCAAGAUGAGUCAAACUCGUACCAGAAAGUGUUUUUGCCCCUUGCACAGAAGGACAAGGGAGUUUUAUAUGGUAUUUUAGCUUGGGCUGGUUUCCAUCUCGGUGGCUCUUGGCUAGCUGAAGGAUCUAAGUAUGCCGAGAUGGCGGUAAACCAUUUGAGGCAGGAUGUUGAUUUCAACAACACUUCAACUCUAAAACAUGAUAGAAGGACUAUAUUGAAUAAGCUUGCAGCCCUUUUGAUUCUUUGUGGUGCAGAGAUCUGUCGUGGCGAUGUCAAGUACUGGACAAUUUACUUGAAUUGGUGUUGGAAGCUACUUCGUGACAAUGGUGGUAUCCUCAACUUUGAUACAAACAAAGAGGAGCACUGGCUCAUUUCCAACUUUGCUUAUCACGAUCUCUUGGCCAGUUCCACCUCGCAAAGAGGCACUUACUUCCCCGUCAAGACCUAUGACCGCAUUUUCACCGACCCUGACGGUGUUUCAAAGGGUAAUCUUAACCCGUUGCUCGGAGUGUGUAAGAACUUGUUCAAAGUCAUCGGUGAUAUCAGUUCACUAGCAUAUGAGAGCAAAAAAUCACUUGACCACUACUACAAUCGAGCAUCUCCGGUGGAAAACAGUGGAUCUCCAUCAACACACACAUUCCAAUCUCCAGAGAAUCAGGCCGCUUACUACCUGACAGAUUUUGAAGACAUUAAUUCGGAUUUGAGUGAACACGGAAGGACAGGUCGACUUCUUCUCUCGAUUAUUGAAAGAGCAAGGAAUUUGGAGCAUUCCAUUGACACAGCCAAGCCAGAUUCAGACGACCUUAUGGAUUUGUCCGAUUCCGAGUUGGAGUUGCAACUUACUACGUUUGAGGCAUUUCAAUUGAGCUGCAAGCUUUACUUGCGCCAGUCAAUCAUGAAGUGCAACCCAUCGUCGUUGGAAUCUCAAGUAUUUGUCAACGACUUGGUGAAAUGUAUCGAUAUUCUCAUCGAUUCUCCAAUGCAAGCCACACUUGUGUUUCCUAUUUUUAUUGCGGGUAUCCAUAUGGUUACUGAAGACGAUAGAGUGGUUAUGAAACAGAGGAUGCAGAAGAUGAUGGACAUGUAUGGACCAUGGAAUGUCGUAAGGGUCAAAUAUCUCUUGGAGUUAGUGUGGGAGAGAAAUCCCGAGGGUGAUCGGGUAGUUGACUGGAACUCCAUUCUCGUUGAACUAGGAUGGGACCUCAACUUUGCAUAA